UUUUUCAGCUCUGCUAAUUGUGGAAAGGGAAGAAAUAAAGCAAUGCUGCAGGCACUGUCUGGACUACAGUUUCAGCUCAGAGGAAAGCUACGGGAUCAAGAGUGGGCAGAGAAGUGCUCUCAAGAAGAAGCCCAUGCACGUUAUCCACAGUGCCACAUGCCAGUUUCACGAUACCCUGGGUUCAAUGGAUUUUUGCCGGUGGGAACACACUUUUCAUCAGACAAAGCUUCAGCAAUCUCAGAGGUACAAACACACUUGGAAAAUCAGUCUAGAUACCAUAUCCAGCAAAGCCAGCGGCACCAGGUGAAGCAGUACUUGACCCUUGACACCAAGCUGUCCAGCCAGACCCUCUCCCUGUCCCACUCCCACACAGUCCAGCCCACAGGAGUGACCUCUAUUUUAAGGAACGGACACAUGCCUCCAGUCAGUGAUAUUGGCACACCAGAGAGUCCUGUGACCAAGCUGCUGGCCCUUGGAGGAGAACAUGAAAAUGCGAUGGAAGAGGUUAUUGAAGACAUAAUCAAUAUGGAAUCGAGCUUUAAUGAUGAAGGGAUAGGUUGCCCUGAAACACCUCUUCUGAUGCAAAGAACUCUAUCUAGCAGCAUUUUGGAUAUAUAUAAUAGCGACCAGGGAAUGGCACCAGCUAAUAUGAGUCUCACAAAUGCUUCUUGUCCAGCUAAUCUACCAGUAAAAAGGGAACUCACAGAAGCAGAUACGCGAGCAAUGGCCAAGGAGAGACAAAAAAAGGAUAACCACAAUCUCAUUGAGAGAAGAAGAAGGUAUAAUAUUAAUUACCGAAUCAAGGAGCUUGGCACACUCAUCCCCAAGUCUAAUGAUCCUGAUAUGCGCUGGAACAAAGGAACUAUUUUAAAAGCAUCAGUGGAGUACAUCAAGUGGCUACAAAAAGAACAACAGAGAGCCAGAGAAUUAGAACACAGACAGAAGAAAUUAGAGCAUGCUAACAGAAGACUUCUACUUCGAAUUCAGGAAUUAGAGAUCCAGGCACGUGCUCAUGGCCUUCCAGUCAUGUCUUCACUCAGUGCAGUAGACUUAGCUGCUCAGGUCAUCAAGCAACAGACAUAUCCAGAGGAGAACUCUGUAGACUACUCUCAACAAAUGCCUCUGGCUCAUGGACCACAUUCUGAUGUUUGUGAUGGAUCUACAGCCUUUUCUGAUCCGCUUUCCCACUUCACCGAUUUGUCCUUCAGUGCUGCUUUAAAAGAAGAGCAACGACUAGAGGAAAUUUUACUGGAUGACACAGUAUCACCAUUUGGAGCAGACCCACUCUUGUCCUCCACAUCCCCAGCAGCAUCAAAAGAGAGCAGCAGGAGAAGCAGCUUUAGCACAGAUGAUGGGGAUGAUUUAUAAAAGUAGAAAGGACCUCACACUUCCUUAAACCACUUGCUAACAGACUGAGUUGAACAUAAGCAUGGUGUGUGUGCUUGUUCCAAAUAUGAAUACGGAGAACUACUGUGAAGAUAACAGGCAAGGUUUAAAUCAGCAUUUACUUCACAGGAAAAUGAGAUAAACGUGGACUCAGAUCACGUUGCUCCAGAUUCACAUCAUCUGUUCACAGCCGACAUUUGCACAAAUCUUUCUUCCCUGGAAACAUUUUUUACUAUUGUCCAUGACUUUUUACAGCAGUACGAAAAUGCUUUCCACAAAAGGAAUAUCCGUGUUACACAAGUGUGUUCAGACUCUCUCUUCAAUCUGCAUUUACAUUUAUAAGUAUGAUGUUUAGUAAUUUGUAAUUUUUUUAUAGCAAUGAGAAUGUUGUAUUAAAAAUUCUACAAAACAUGAGAAACAGUAGGAAAAUAUUUAAACUGGGAACUAUAGAGUGAUACAUGUUUUAAUAUCUGAAAAAAAAGGUAAUUCAUUUGCACAAGUGAAGUGAACAUGAAUUUUAAAUGACAUAACUUCCCUUUAAAAUGAGAACAUUCAUUAAUUAUUUUCACAGAAUCCUGUUUUUUUUUGUUUUUGUUUUUAAUUUCAUUUGUCGAAGAAGAUCAGACUUUUAAUAUAUAUUGUAAUGAUACAGAAGAAAAAAUGGAAACUAACAUAAUGACAGAAACACAAAGGAAUUCAAACAGAAAAAGAUGACAUUUCAGUACAAAGUGUUUAGAAGGACUAUGUGGAUGUACAAGACUGAACAAAGAUAUUCCACAUUACCGUUAGCACAGUUCAAAACACGUACUACUGGUAAAAGUGCUGUGUCAGCUGCUAACUCCAAGAAUACUCAAGCUGCAUCCUUCUUUAUGUGGAAGAGAUCAGAAUAUUGAGAUGUGACAGUGUACUUCUGGACUGUGCUUCCAGUGCUCUUUGGAAGCGCGCUAAGGUUUUUCUAAAGGGAGUCUGUCUUAUCCAUAGCUAUGCCUUUGAAUCAUUUGCAAAUGGAAGGAAAUGAUUAGAUUCCCAUUACACACAUUGAAACAAAGAGAAUUUAAUUUCAAAUCUGACUUUGGAAUCACUGUAGAAAAGCAAAUAAGACUUAAAAUCAAAGGAGAUAUUCAGAAGUUCUGACGUGAUGCAAUGCUUUCCAUAGCUUGCCUUCUAGAAGUAGACACAAAAUGCAUUUUGAUGACUCAGCAAAAGCAUUUCAUUUCUAAACAUAGUGAAAUUCUGAAGAAUGUUGUAUUUUCCUGGAGUACACUAAGUGCAGUCAUUUUAAUUGUAAUAUUAAUGCAUAGAAAAUAAGCUAGCACAAGUUCUUUGUUGCUCUUCCUCAAGCAGAGCCAAAAGAGCAUAUUUGGGAGUUCUCUAACAAUUCAAAAUAUAUUUCAAAAGUAUACAUUGAGUUUUGAAGUCACUGAGCCCUGCUUGAUUUCCCAGAAAAUUCACAUGAUCAGGAACAAAGAAGAAAAUGGUUUGCUGUUUGUGUUUAAAUGUAUUUGAACAUACUGUUCAAGAAUUAAGCAUUUGCUUCCUCCUAUUGCCUCUUCUGUUUUUCGUACCCAAGUCUGAUUUAUCUGGAGCCAUAGCCUAUUCCUGACCAACCCAUGGUUAUGAAAAAUUAUGGAACAUCCAAUUUCAUGAGAAUAAUUGUGUUUGUAGGAAACUUGAUAUCUGUUAGCCUAUGUAAACUAUUUUGAAAUAAGAUGAACUGAGCGGAACUAUCUUCUUGUCAAGUAUAUGUGGGUUCCCAGAAAACCCAGAACAAAACUGACCCUCUUAAGAGGCUCUGAUACACUUCCACUGUAUGGUUAAGAUUUUUUUUUUCAUUUUUAUUUUUUUUUUCAUUUGUAUUUAUUUUUAUUUUCAACAUAUAGGAAAGGAAUGGAAAAGCAAAUAAUAUUAACCAAACUUAACUGAAUAUAGAACUGACCCAAUGGAGUGCUUCCUUAAAUUAGACUCAGUAGAACUUGCUUUGUCAUAGCUAUGCUAAAGACAAGCUGAAUAUUCAUUGAAAUUGGCAUUCAUAUUAAAAAUAUGAUGAAUUGAAGGUAACAUAUAUACCUACGUUAUGUCUAGUGUAGGAUGUGUGUUGUCCAUGUCAGCUGAUGAAAGGAAGGGAUACUUGAUUGACAUCAAAUGCCAUUUGUCCUUGUACUGCAGUUUCUUCUGCAUUGGUUUUAAAUACACCAGUGUGGAUUGCUCAUAAUGGAGAAAAAGAAAUUAAAUAUGAAUGUAUUACAUGAUUUUCCCAUUGAACUUUUACAUGGGAGUUAGACCAAAGUUCUGAACUAUAUUGACUUUAAAUAACAUCUUGAGUUUCAUGACUGUUAUAAGGACUGUUCUAAAAAAUCAUUAUAGUGCAUCCAUUAAAUGUUUUAAAGUUGAUUUUCAUUCUUCUGACAAUUGCUUUAGUCUGAAGCACUAGAUUUUUUUUUUUUCUCUUCCAGCUUGAGAAACCUAACAGGAGGUAGGAAAUGCUCCUUUUGCAAUACAGCGUAUUGCAUCUGUCAUUAAACACACUCAAGCUGUCUUCAUUCACGCACAGUUUCCAGCACCCCCCUCCCCCCAAACACUAAAUGUAUUUGUGCCUGUAGGUAUGUAUUAUGGUGAUGUUGUUUCACUACCAUUACAUUUUUUUCUAGUAAGAAGAGAUCAUUAGUGUUUUCACUAAUAACAGUGACCUGUAUUACACCAUCAUCCUAGAAAUUAAAUAGUGAUACAGGCUGCCAGAAUGAUAAACUAGGGCACCACACAGGUGAUGCUGAAGGUAUUUAUGAGAUCUCUGUGAGGGUAACCAUAUCUCAGGCUGCUUUGAAUAAGCAUCCCCUCUCCCACCUCGAUGUGGUGAGACUGCUGUGCAGCUGGGAGGGCUGCCGGAGCCAAGCAGAGAGCAGUGCCUUCCAGCUUGCACAGAGGAAAAGGACCCCAUGAGUGCAGCAACAAACCCUGAUGUCCCUCCUCAGGAAGAAUUUCUUUCCCAUCCAUGAGAGUUUUACUGGACUAAAAUGUGGUGCACACGAAACAUGUUUUUAGCUCUUCCCUAUACAGAUCCGUUUAAUGAAAUCCCAUGAAAGAGAUGCAUAAUUUGUCUGUGGCUCUGGGUCUAGAAAAGAAUUUAAAGAUGUACAGAGUUUGACCUCAAGUAGGGCAGGGGGUGAGGAGAACUGGCUAUUUUUGUCAAAAUGUAUUAAAUGAUGAAUUCUUGCUUGUUUUCAGUAGCAGCUGUUCAGAGCUGGUGGACAUGUUCUUACAGAAUACACAAACUAGCAGACUGAUAAUUACACAAAAGGAAAAGGGAGCUGAAAUAUUAACAUCCUGUUUAAUUCAUGAAAUGGAUACAGAUACUAUCCUAAGAACAGAAACUUCGAUUAUUUCACUGUGCAAAGCAUAGAUGGUGUGAAAAGCUACAGCAAGUGCAAACAGUUUUAACAAACAGAAUACAGUUGUUUUAUGUAGUAAAGUAACUAAAUAUAAUUCACUCAUUUAAUCUUAAUAAGAACACUGUUACUGUAAUACCUUUUGACUUUAAUAGGGCUGUAUAUAUGAAUGGAGGAUGUAAAAUUAUUGUAAUUUAAAAUUAUGUUAAGUCUCUUAGAUAAGUAAAGGCAUUUACAUUACUAUUAUGAGACUGUAGAAUAUUUUUAUAAUAAUUGCUAUUUUUCAUUGUUAACCAUAUAGUAUCUUGUUUUCUAAGUCAAUGUAUGCAGACAGAAUGUACUUUAUUACAUACCGUAUAUGCAAUCUUUUUAAAAUUGCAUUUUAUACAGGCCGGUAUUUUAUGUUUAUUAUAUGAAUACAAUUAAAGGACUGAAAUUAAAACAUCUCUUUAUAUUUCCCUUGUGAAACUUCGUUACCCAGUCCCACGAAGAAUGCCAUCACAAGACAAUAUAAUAACAUCCUCUAAGAGUACCUGAAAUACCGAACAGACAAAACACUUCACAACUGCUAAACAUUUAGUCCAUUAUGAUACAUCAUGAUCCAAUAGCCUCCCAUUAAUAAAAAUAAUUGAUACAUUCUUUAAUAUGGUCUCCUGCCAUCUGCUUAUUCCUGCUGCUAAGGCUUUGAUUUAUGGAAAGUGUUUUCAGAAUGUUGCAAAAUUGCUAGCAGGCAUGAUGAUAUCAGUUAAAUCACUAAGAAGCUCUACAAAAACCUUUUAAUGUACUAGAUGUUCCCCAGACAAUCUAGGAUAAACAGAAUAUUGUAUUUUAAGAUGUAAAACAUUUUUUUAAAGCUGAUAAUUAGGUAGCAUUUUGGAACUAAAAGAUAUUCUUACUUCAUAAAUUGAGUAAGGAUUUGGGUUGCUUUUUGAAUUCCUAAUAUCAAAAGUGCUGCUUUCUUUACAGUAUAUUUGGUGCUUUCAGUGCAUGACAAGAUGCAAAUACUGUUAAGUAGUAAUAUAUAUUUCAGCUAGAGUUUUGUAAUAGCUCAUUUGUCUCUUGUAAAAUGGUGCUCGUUGUUUGCGUACAUCAGAUAAACAUUUUGUUUGUAAUAAAGAUGCUCUCCAGAAUCUUUAUUUCAUCGAAUCAUCG